AUGUUUGCCGGAAGCGCCGCUGCGAGGGUGCGGGCGGGUAUCCACGGGCUGGGGAACCGUGACGCCGCAGCGGGCUCCGGUGUAGGACUGCUGGGACAGACGGGGCGUCUCGGUCUCGCUUCAGAUCGGGCGGCCCAGGAGGAACGCAGGGGAAAGGGUCCGGAGACUCCCCCGCGCAUAGCCCUCCCGGCCAUAGAGGCGAACCCACAGGUCCGGAGGAACCGUCCGCCCGAACACCGGCACUGGGCCGGCCGGCGGGGGCCCUCCGAUGAAGACGACAGAGACAAACAUGACGCAGCCGACGGAGAAAAAGACUGCCGCGGAGAAAAGGACUGCCGCGACGCCAGUGACCACGACGCGGGAGAAGAGGACUACGAUGUCGCUGACAACCGAGACGAACUAGGACAAGAACAAGCACAAGAACGAGAAGGAGAACAAGACCAAGAACAAGACCAAGAACAAGACCAAGACCAAGCAAGACCACAGAUGCGCUUAACGCCCAGAGAACCGGGACCCACAGAGUACGCGGCCACACGCGUCCGUGACAUACUCUCCACGUUCGACCUGUUGGUCACGCGGCGCAUACUAGAGAUCGUGGUGACCGCCACGAACCUCGAGGGCCUGAGGAAAUGCGGCAAGGACUGGAAAACGACGGACGUCACGGAGCUGCGCGGCUACCUCGGGCUGCUGCUCCUCGCCGGCGUGUACAGGUCCCGAAACGAGGCCCUGGAGAGCCUGUGGCACGAGGAGAGCGGCAGGGCCAUUUUCCGCGGCACAAUGUCGCUCAAGCGAUUCCACGCGCUCUCGCGAGUGCUGCGAUUCGACGACCGCGAGACGAGAGGCGCCAGACGAGCCUCGGACAAACUGGCGGCCAUACGAGAAGUGUGGGACGCCUGGGUGCGGCGGCUGCCUCGCCUCUACAACCCGGGCUCCGACGUGACCGUGGACGAGCAGCUGGUUCCCUUUCGAGGUCGAUGCUCCUUCCGCCAGUACAUGCCCAGCAAGCCCGCCAGGUACGGACUCAAGUCGUGGGUGGCCUGCGACGCCGGCUCCAGCUACGCGUGGAACAUGCAGGUCUACACGGGCAAGUCUGUGAGCGGCGAGCCCGAGAGGAAUCAGGGCGCCCGAGUGGUGAUGGACCUGACCGAGGGCUUGCGGGGCCCCCGCAAUGUCACGUGCGACAACUUUUUCACCUCCUACGAGCUGGCCCGGCGGCUCCUCCACGACAGGCGCCUCACCGUGGUGGGCACGAUGCGCAAAAACAAGCCCGAGCUGCCGCGCGUCUUGCUCGACACCAAGGGCCGCGCGGUCUUCUCGUCCAGGUUCGCCUUCACGCCCACCGUCACGCUGGUGUCCUACGUGCCCAAGAGGAACAGGAACGUGGUGCUGCUGAGCACGCUGCACACGGGGGACGCGCGGGUCAGCGCCUCCACGGCCGCCAAGCCCGACAUCAUCCUGCACUACAACAGCACCAGGGGCGGCGUGGACAACCUGGACAAGCUCGUCGGCACGUACAGCUGCCGCAGGAAGACAGCGCGCUGGCCCCUCGCCCUGUUCCACAACAUCCUCGACGUGUCCGCCUACAACGCCUUUGUGCUCUGGCGAGAGCUCAGGCCCGAGUGGCUGCGCGGCAAGCUCAACAGACGCAGGGCUUUCCUCGAGCAGCUGGGCAGGGCGCUCGUCACUCCGCUCAUCGAGAGACGCUCGCGUCUCCCUCGCACGCAGGCGUCCUCCGCGCUUGUCAAAGCCGUGGCGGCGAGGUCAUGCGCUGGUGUCAGGCGAGCCCGACAGGACCAGCGAGGAGACGAGGAGGAAGGAAGAAGACGGCGAUGUGGAGGAGGACGAAAACGACAUGGAGGAGGAGGAGGACGAAAAUGA